CACAGACGCGGAAAUUCGGACACUCUGCCCUGAUCAUGGCAGCCUUCCACGGCAACCUCGGCAUCGCCCAGGACCUGCUGGCGAAGGGCGCGAAGGUCGACCUCCCGAACAAGGCCGGAAAUACACCACUGAUUCAGGCAGCGAAGGAAAACCACUUAGAAGUUGUUAAGUUUCUGCUCGGCCAAGGCGCUGCCGUCGACCACAAGAAUAAUGAAGGAACGACUGCUCUCAUCUGGACCGCCAACCGGAACCACACGGAGGUCGUCAGGCAUCUCCUGGAGGUCGGCGCUGACCCCAACAUCCAGAAUUUGAGUGAAGGAGACACGGCUCUCGACUGGGCCGCCUUCUUGGGGAACGUCUUCAUGGUCCAAGAUUUACUGAAGGCAGGAACCACGCCCAACGUCACUGACCUGGCGGGCAACACGCCCCUCGUGCAGGCAGCCCAGGGAAGCCGCCCUCGAGUGGUGGAGGUCCUGCUCGCCCAGGGAGUCGACGUCGACCACCGGAAUAAGGACGGAAAUUCUGCUCUGGCCUGGGCUGCCUUCAACGGAAACCAUGUUAUUAUUGAGGACCUGUUGAACGCCGGUGCGACAAUCAGCAUCACAAAUAACCAUGGGAACACACCGCUGGUUCUUGCCUCGAAAAUGAAGCACCUUGACAUCGUGAAACUCCUGCUGGAGAGGGGGGCGACGGUGACCCAGCAGGAUAAUCUUGGUAAAAACUGCAACACUGUCGGAACACCUGUUGGCACGUGCGUCUCGUCAGCUGAUUGCACACGUCUGGACACGUUGCUGCCAGCUGAGAGUGUAAACAACAACACGACCAGAACAGCGAAUCUGCUUGUGAAUUUCGCUUGCGGCAGUGUUGACGGUGCGAUCUAGGUGUGCUGUCCACGUGAGUGAGGUCCUCCAUGGAAUCCUACUGAUAUUUAUCUUUGAUAAGAUAAGAUAACAGAUAUAUUUCAGUGGAUUUUGAGAUAUACAAGAAUCUGGUAUUGAUGAUGUUAUUGAUGUCUGUGCGAUU